UAACGCCAAAGACGGUCUCAGCGGCAGAAUAUAAUCCCAACCAGAUCAACGGUUCGCCUAUUUUCUUCAUCCGCAAGAACAGAAUUGAAAUCCACAGUCUCUUCGAACCCUAAUCUUAACUGAAUCGGAAGAAUUUCUGAGUGGAUACGCCCAAAUUCAACCAUGAAGUUGAGAUUGAGAUCCCUAGAAUCCAAAGAGACCGUCAGAAUUGAAGUCCCCGAUCAAUCUACUCUCCAGCACUUGAAAGAGACGCUCCUCCAAACACUCUCCUCUUCAUUUUCCGCCGAUUCUCUUCGUCUCUCUCUCAAUCGGAAGGAUGAACUCCGAGGAUCGUCGCCGGAGGAUACGCUGCACUUCAUGGGUAUUACUUCAGGUGACCUUCUUUUCUUCGCUUUUAAUCCUUCGGGAUUUUCCUCUCAGGGAGGUACGUCGAUUCAAUCUCCUCAAGCUCCUGUUCCUGGUGCGUCUUCAUCGCGACCGCAGGUUCAAGGAAAGCAAAUUCAGGGCAUCGACUGCGAUCUUAAAAAACCUAGAUUGGAGAACUGUCAUGUAGUGGAGCACCCUCCUUUAUCCAUGGGACCCGAGUCAUUGGGUGAAGAAAUGACUACAGGCAGCACGGUCGAGGAAGGGGAGAAAAUUUUGGAUUCGGAUUGUGAAGAAAUGGACGUCGAGGACGAACCAAUCGGAGUCGUUGAAAAGAAAUGUUCGAGGCCGAUUUUUUUGAGGAGAGUGCUGAAGGAGGAGUUAGGUUAUGAUCGUAAUGCUCACAAGCUGUUGGUCACUGCCGUCCACGCGGUCCUUUUGGAGUCUGGAUUUGUGCUGAUUGAUCCUAAUUUAGGUGCUGAGGAUAAUCAUUUCCAUAUGCCGGAAGAUUGGCCUUCCCCAUCGUUUUCGAUGUCUCUUUGGUACACUCUACCCGAACUUUUGGCCGAGGGGGGCAAGAACUCUGCCAUGACUGAAAUAGUUUUAUUGAAGUUUCAGAGUUUGGGGCACUUUGUUAAUGUUUAUGGGUCUCUUAGCUGCAGUAGAGGAUCAAGUGUGUAUCGUGUAUCUUUAGAUGAAAGAAAAUUUGCACCGAGUCUUGAUCUGAUUUGGGUGGAUUCAGUGGCCAGCCACAUAAUGGACGAAAACGAAGGGAACCCAGAGAGACAAGUUUUUGAAUUUUGGAAGGUAGUGAAGGAUGCUCUUGCAUUGCCACUCUUGAUUGAUCUGUGUGAAAAAACUGGUCUACCUCCUCCUGCAAGCUUUAUGCUACUUCCAGCUGAUGUGAAACUGAAGAUUUUGGAGGCUCUCCCUGCUGUAGACAUUGGAAGAGUUGAAUGUGUGUGUACUGAAUUGCGCUACUUGGCCUCCAGUAAUGAGUUGUGGAAGCUGAAGUUCAAUCAAGAGUUUGGUUGCGAGGACGAUGUUCGAGGAAUCAGGCUUUGGAAGCCAAAAUAUGUUUCAUAUCUGGAAAAUGAAAAGCUGAGAAACAGGAGGACUACCCAAUUGAGGGAUCUUGUUGGUUUCAGGCGACAGUACCAACCCGCUUUCAGACGAGGCCCUUUUCCUUUUCCAGCUCCUCAUGUAAUUGGGGGAGAUUAUGACAUUGUGCCUGGUAUCAGGCUCCCUACAUAUGGACGUCCUGGACAAACAUUAGGUCGGGUUCCACGGCGAUACGCUUUCAUGCCAAAUUGUGAUUUGAGAGGAAGAUGAGUAUGGAAUCUGAGCUCCAUCUAGGCACUUUUUGGCUCUAGUUUUUGGUGUUUUAUGCAAAGGAAUAAGCUGUUAGAAAUCUUUGCCAUAAUGGAGAUCAUCUCAGGUUAGGCCAUGGAUCUUUGUCUAUAUAGCUAGCCUCAAAGCUCUUGUUUUUGCAUAAGUGAAAUGACUUAGAGACAUUGCUUUUUGAAGUUUUUGUCAUUCACCGUUUUGUUAUUUAAAGGCUUUUAAUAAGUUGGGUUCAACUGUAAAGUGGAAUAUUGUCAUGUUUCUGUCUAAGCUGAGACGGUGAUUAUGUGAUUGUGUUAAAUUAAAUAUUGCCUUUGCUUUCUGAAA